CUCCUGACCACCCUCGGCCCCGAUCAAAACUCCCUCCCAGAUCCCCGAGGCUGCUGUCACCCCCUCGAUAAAGACGACGAGAGCGCUGUGAGUGGUACUGUCGGCUUCAGUUCUCCCAGCGCAGCUUUACCCGGCGUCAGGGUCUUCAGAGAUCCCGCCAGUUCCAACAGCAGCUUCGAUACGUACCCAUAUGGCUUGCCCACGCCACCUGAGAUGUCGCCUCUGGACGCUGUGGAUCACGAACACCAGUCCUACUACUCAUCCUCCAGCUCAGUCUCCACCAGCUCCUGCUCGUCUUCCACCUCUUGCCCGGACGACAGGCAUCCCACCCCGGUGCACAUGAGCAGUCCACACCCCUACCAUCCCGAUUACUCCCAGCAGGUACCUUUGCACUGUAGGAGCUCACAUUUGGUUCACAUCCCGAUGUCCCAUCAGGGAAGUGGGGCGACCCUUAUCACAGCUCCUCCGUUGUCCUAUUACAGCCCUUCGUUCCCGCAGGUUCAGAUCCAUCAUGGGCACCAGGGGCACCUGGGCCAGCUUUCGCCUCCUCCAGAGCAGGGGCACCUGGAGGGUCUGGAUCAGCUGAGCCAGGCUGAAUUGCUGGGUGAGGUGGACCGAGAUGAGUUCGACCAGUACCUAAAUUCUACAAGUUAUCACCCCGAACAGGGUGGGAUGACAGUCACGGGACACAUCCAGGUAACGCCGGCUUCUGUUUGCUCCAGCAGCGCUACGGAAACCAGUCUCAUCUCCGUAUUGGCCGAUGCCACGGCAGCCUAUUACAACAACUACAGCAUUUCAUAAACACAAAACAGAGGCAGUUGACACAGACAGAGACUGUGGGCUCGACAAGGGUCAGCAAUAUAACUGGCAGGUGAAAGGAAGGCCGUGGAGGGAGCGGAAAAGAGAAGCUACAGGAAGUCAAAGGACACCUCAGGGAUGCAUAGAUUAAAAAAAAAAGUUCAUUCCCAUCUUUGCUUCCAAAAGAAGAACGGAAAUAAAAGAAAAAAAUGGACAAACAUAGAAAAUGCUCUCAUAUCUUGCCACAAAAGCAUGUACAUAUGCUAUAAAGCUUAUUUAUGUAUCAAAUUGCUUUGCAUUAAAGCUUAUUGUAUUGCUUUUUUUCAGUCCAGAUAUAUUCAAUUGAUUUUUUUCAAACCUCAGUUGUUUUACCUCAAGAUUUAUUUAAGUGAGGCUGGUCUCUUCCUUUAUAGGACAUCAUUUUGAAGGAAAUUCUGCCCUUUCUUUUCCCUUUACAUUCAUUUCAAAAAUGUAUUUGUAUACUCAUAAACAGUUAAAAGAAUAAUAAUAAUGAAUACUAUUGUAUGCCAAUUUAGGUUUGCCAUAUUAAUUUAAUUGAAAUAAAAUUUUGAGUUUUAUACAUUUAGCAUUCUCACUUUUGAUAUCCUCACUGAUGUCAAUAACAAGCGAAUGAACGUAUCAAUAUUGAUGUUUGUUGAACACCAUUCUGUUUGGCCGAUUUCAUGAUAAAUUGCAUUGUUUAUGCCUAUUUAAAUACAGCACAAUGAUUAUGUCUGUAGGUCUGGAUUUAAGAAAAAAAUGUUGCAGAUGCUCUUCAUUUUGUGAUAUAUUAAAAGUGAAUGUUCUGAGGCCCCAUAUGAAUUAGACGCCACUAAAUAAAAACACAAAAUAAA